AUGGGUCAGAGGCUUAAUCAGAUUGCAGAGUUUUUACGGGAGUUUAUGCUGACUUCGGUGUCCACAGAAGCAGCAGAGCUGAUUGAAUCUCCCAUUGAUGAAGAGGAAAUAUCCAAUGCCAUUAAACUGGCUAAAAUAGGGAAGUCGCUGGGCCCCGAUGGGUUCUCUGUUGGAUAUUAUAAAAAGUUUGCCCAUCAGUUAGUACAUCAGCUAACAAAAGUGCUUAACGUGGUAGCUGGGGAAAAAAAAAUGUAUCAGAAUCUCUGGGAACCACAAUCACUGUGGGAAAGACCUGGAGACCUGCGGCACCUAUCACCCAAUCUCCCUUCUUACUGUGGACGUCAAACUCCUCACAAAGGUAUUUGA